AUGAUUGACAGUGACUUUGUCCUGCCGAGUCGUCAGAUAGAACUGUUGCGGAUCACGGAGAAGAGAACGGCGCUGUGCGUCCGAACCAGCAGCCUCGAGUACCCGCCCCCCAUCUCCACGGCAACAGCGCCCUCAAGUCCCUCCUCUCAUAAACAUUGGGCACGCCCAGCCUCAGUGGACCAUUGCUGCCCUGCUCCUGAGCCUCGUCCACGGCCGGUCCGCACCUUGUCAGAGGACAGCGGAAUGCAGAGAGUCUCCUCCCACUCACCAAGCUCUGCCCACCGGUCCUGCUACACCACUCUCAGAGUUUAUCCACAGUACCGCACGGGCCUGCCCAAGGAGACCAGCGUCAAGCUGCGGGUGACGAUACACACCUCUGUGAGGGAGAUGGUUCAGCUGGUGGUUCAGGAGAUAAACGGAGUGUGUUCGCGUCUGCAGAGCGCCGCUGGUCAGUGUGUGUGCAGGGCCGAGCCGUGUGUGUACCCGGCACAGGCGUGUGUGUGCGGGUCGGAGGUGUGUGUGUACGGGGCGGAGCAGCUGGAACACUUCGGGUUGGUGCUGGUGAUGGAGGGCCGAGAGAAGUGGCUUCAGGACGAUUUCUGCCCACUGACCCUCCAAAACCCCUGGACACGAGGAAAACUGUGCGUUCGAUUCAAACAGUACUCGCCCCUCGCCCUCCAGUUCAGCAGGGCUACUACUGUCUGAUACACACACACACACACUCAUACAAACACACACACACACUCAC